GAAAUGGACAGAAACAACAUUGAAGAAGAAAGAAAGAAUUGAUUGAUUAGGGUGUGUUGGUGGUAAUUGGUAUGAUGCUUAAUUUAGUUGGAUAGUUAGGAAAACUGGUCGAAGGCAAGCCAGACUUAGUAAUUGUAAUUUACCAAUCUGGGUCAGUCCGUCCAGCUCUCUGAGCCACAUUGCCUUAUAAUGUAUAUCAUCAUCAUAUUCAUUCAGUAUAUUAUCAGACCUGAAAGUGAGACCCCAUUUACUUUUACAAGUCCUCAAAUAAAAUGUCAGGCUUUUACCAGUAUCUUCCUUUCUGUUCUUGAAUCGUUUUCCGUGUCCAAUAACCAUGUCUAGCUCGUUGGAGAAACAAAGGGUCGUCGUCUUCUCCACCACCACCACCAACACCCCAAAUCCCCCACCAAAUUUCUCACAUGAAUAUCUUCAGGGGAUUUCCUUGCAUCUCCAAACUCAUGAAACUACCGGCCCUCAUCUCGAAACACUUGGUCUUGUCCCUUUCAGUUCUAUUUCCCACACCUCAAAACAGAUCAAUUCAGGUCAUUCAUCUCCAAUGCUGCUUCAUACUGAGGCUCGUGAUCAUCAUCAUUUUUAUAGCUCAUCACUGGACCGUCAUAAGAGGAGGAAGAAAAUUAAAAUGGUUUCUCAUCAGGAAGACAGGGAGGGCAAACGCAAGAAACAAAGCAGCAGGAAAAGUGGGUCCACAACAGAGGGGAUGAGGAAGCUCAAAACCACCAAUGAAGCUAAGAAAAAACAAAACGAAGGUGCUGCUGCUGAUGAUGAUCGAAUUCAAGAGGCUCCAACAGGUUUUGUUCGUGUGAGAGCACGGCGGGGUCAAGCAACAGACAGUCACAGUCUUGCUGAGAGGGCAAGAAGAGAGAAAAUCAGUGUGAGAAUGAAGCUUUUGCAGUCACUUGUUCCUGGCUGUGACAAGAUAACUGGGAAGGCUCAUAUACUGGAUGAAAUAAUCAAUUAUGUUCAAUCACUACAGAAACAAGUAGAGUGCCUUGCAGCCAAGCUUGCUUCUGUAGAUCCUAUGUUAAGUCACGACUUUAAACUGGACCCGCUAAUUACAGGCACGCUUACAGAUGAUCAGGGACAGUGUUGCUUAGAACCUCCAUUAUGCGGUUUGCAAGAAUCUAGCUCUACCCAGUUCAGGUGUUUUGCUGACAAUGCACCUACUUCUGUCUCCUUAGUAGUCUCGGAGGAUCAGAGACCUACGGUGGUCUCUCAGGAUGAUGGAAAUCUAUUUUUUGGGUUGGACGACCAUAGUGAGAACAUUAUCAGCCAGUGUGGAUUCGAUAACUUGUGCAGUUUCUAGUCAUGA